AUGGCCGAUUUCGAAACCAUCAUCAACGACGCCAUCGCGGCGCAGGAAAUCCCCGGGUGUGCUUUAGCGGCCACAAGUCGUGAUGGCUCUUUCACAUACUCCAAAGCCUUCGGCCGCACCUCCAUGAACCCCGGCUCAGCCAAACCCAUGGACCUCAACACCAUGAUGUGGGUUGCAUCCUGCACCAAACUCAUGACCGCCCUCUGCGCCAUGCAACUCGUAGAACGCGGCCAGAUCACCCUAGACGAACCCGUAUACACCCACAUCCCAGAACUGGAAGUACUGAACGUCCUCACUGGUUUCACCGACGCGGGUGUCCCUAUUGAGGAAAAGCAUAAAACGCCUAUUACUCUUCGUCUACUACUUACGCACUCGAGCGGCCUGACGUACGAAGGUAUGCAUCCGAAAACGCUGGCUUGGCUGAAAUAUCAUGGGAAGAAAAUGAAUGCCUCGCCAACGGUCGUGGAGCGCUUCGACGCGCCGCUUGUGUUUGAGCCGGGCGAGAGCUGGGCGUAUGGGCCUGGGGUUGAUUACGCCGGUUUACUAGUCGAACGUAUCUCCGGUCUCACUCUAGAAGAGUACAUGAAGAAGAAUCUUUGGGGUCCGCUUGGUAUCACUGACGUUACGUUCUUCCCUUCCACGCGCCCGGAUUUGAAGGAGAAGAUGGCGGAGAUGUCGGGGAGGGGUGAGGAUGGGAAAUUGAGUGUUCAUGAGGGGAAGAUGCCUUUUUUGGAUGAGAAGGGCGAGGAGGUGACGGGGUGUAUGGGUGGCCAGGGCAGUUUCACCUGCGCGAAAGAGUAUAUUAAGGUGUUGAAGGGGGUGUUGGAUUGUGAUGAGGGAGGCGAGGGGAGGGUGUUGAGUAAAGAGAGUUUGGAGACGUUUUUCAAGCCGCAGUUGGGUGAGGGGAGUCGUGCGAUGUUGAAUGCGGUUGUGCAGGAUGAUGCGGCAAACAACGCAAUGGGCGGUACCCCCAAACACGUAGCUAAAGACCACGCCCUCGGCGGUUUGGUCAUGAUGGAUGAUGCGCCUGACGGCAAGAAAGCAGGGACGAUGCUCUGGGGUGGGUAUCCCAAUCUCAUCUGGUGGAUUGACCGUAAAACUGGACUUGCUGGUGUCUACGCUGGCCAGGUUGUACCGCCUGGAGACCUGAUAUGUGGAAGAUUGAUGAGGAAGUGGGAGGAGGGCGCCUAUGAGAUGUUUGAGAAGCAUAGAGAAAGUAAGUCGAAGCUUUAG